AUGGCAGCAACUCCCACCACCUCUACCAGCGGUACGGCAACAACCAUCAUCAUCGAUGGCCGGGCAACAAUCUGCAAAGUGGCCGAGCGGGCCUCUCUCACCGUCGACAUUUCCGACUCCGGGUACGACAAGGAAAAAGUGGCCAAGAACGUCAUCGAAACCGCCAACACCCUUCAAGAAGAACUAGACCGACUCUGUCCACGGAUUGACUGGGCCGUUGUUGGACAACAUUCGACUAUUGCUGGGGAUGAUUUCAGUACUGAAGAUUUUGGUGGAGGUGGUUCUACUGCUCUUGACAACGACCACAUCUCGCCCGAUGCACCCGUGAGCUUUUACUCCAUCUCAUCAUUGACCACGUCAAGCCGGACCGAACAAUUGAAACGUGACGACGACAGCGACGACGACGAUGAUUCUGACGAUGACAUGUCCGACAACGACAAUAACCGCCGCAAAGUCCGCAAAAGGAAAAUCUAUACGGCCGAAACGAGCAUCGACGUCCGGUUCCGCGACUUCGUCAAGCUAGGCGAGGUCGUCGUGCAGUGGUCGGCGACCCCCUAUGUGCAGCUGUCGGGCAUCGAUUGGUCUUUGACGGAUGACUCGGCCGCCGUCAUGGAUGAACAGGUGCGCGUGACCGCGUUGCGCAAUGCCAUCAGGCGCGCCAAAAAGUAUGCCGCCAUCAUUGCUGAGGAUUGUAAUUCUGGUCCGGGAAAGGCUGUCCCCGUUCAUGUUCAUCCCGUCAAGAUUCAGGAUGAUCGCUCGAUCUGGGCAAAGGGUCUUACCAAGCAGACGGCUCGCAAAGCUACGGCAAACGCUGCGUUUGGGAUUGGUGCUGGCAUCGAUUUCGAGCCCAAAGUCAUCGAGGGUACUGUCGAUAUCAAGGUCGAGUUUCAGAUUUCGGUGGGGAAGUGA